CUCCUAUCUGGGGUUUUCAUUGAUUUAGCUGUUCUUUUUAUCUACUAAUAUGUUUUCAUUUUCGAUUUGCUCUAUGUUUUUCUAAAAAAAUUAUUUGCAUAUACUGUUAUGUCAUUGAAUUAGCUAUUCUUUUGAUCCAUACCUUUCUGUCUUUAAGCCCUUUUUUGUCUACAUCACACCCUCUUGGGUUGCGGCCCUUCCCCUGACCUUGAUUGAAUGCGGGAUGCUUUGUGCACCGGGUUACCCUUUUCUUUUGAGCUUUUUUUUCUUUUUCUUUUGUGUGUGUGUGUGUGUUUGUGAAGCUGAUGUCGGGAAGUUCAUUGCUUUUGACCCUCUUCAUGGAUCAACUCUGAAGACUGCUAGGGAAGCAGCAAAGUUUGGUGCUGUAGGAGGUCUAAUUGGAGCUGUUUCAACUGCAGGAGUUACUUGGAAGUACUCGAGGAGUCUUCAUGGCACUGCAUUGUCUUUUGGAGCCGGAGCUGUCUUUGGCUGGACAUUCGGACAGGAAGUUGCCAACCACUGGCUGCAGCUAUACAGGAUGGAUACCAUGGCUUCACAGGUUACAUUCAUGGAAUGGUGGCAGAACAAAGUUGAAGGACAAUCUUAAUUUUCUCUUCCUGUACAAGAUUGAGGAAACACAAGUUUGGUGAUGCCAAACGAACAUUUUCUUAUCGGCCAUAAAAAUAUGUGGUAGUGUUCAAGUUGUGUCCGGCGACUUGGAAUUUUGUACUCGGGUAGUUUUUUGACUAUGAGUGUGUUUCCCUACAGAAUGGCUAUGAUGAAAUGCAAUUUCUGGCAGUUUACUCUAAAGGUAAAA